UCAUCCCGGAAACCCAUAUUGAAGAGUCUGUUUUUGAAUCUCCUGUGGAGAUGAAAAAACAUAUUAAACAUCAGGGUUAUGUCGAUGUAUACAGUAGUUUCAACAAGCGUAAAUGGGGAAAACGUUGGUGCCUUGUACAUGAGAACAAUUUUGAAUGUUAUCGGACACAAACGAGUGAAGUUUGCGAGUUGGAAUUUCUUCUCAGGAAUUGUAUAUUAAAGCGAGCCAUCAAGGAAACAAAAAGCGAGCUUGGUCUAAUGCUCCUGGAAAAUAAUAGGGAGAAAAUAACAAUAGAGCUAAUUAAUUGGACGGAGCUUGGUUCCUGGCUUCGUAUUCUGAUGCAGGAAACUAGUACACAGAAAACACCUGAAGGACUGGAAGGCUAUAUGGAUGAUACGCAUCCUUAUCAUGAAGCUGUUGAGAUAACUCGAGUACCUGAUCCUAUCAAUAGAUCUUCCUAUUUAUCUGUUAAACCAAGAGGACAAUCAUCAUCAUCAUUGCCUGAUGAACAGACGAGAUCAGGUGGUCAUGAGAACCGUGAUAGUGGAAUAUGUUCCUCAGAAUCAACUGAAGACAGAUUUAAUUCAUUAGAUAGAAACAGAAACUCUCCAAAAGUACAUCCUUGUUUCACAGAUUCUAGUCUUCCACGAGUUAGUGUGUGUGAAACUGGUGCUAUUUAUACUCAGGUGAAAAGACCCAGUGUAACUGGAUCUUCAUUAUCACCAACAACAGGAAGCGUGAGUAACUGCAGCAAGUCAAAUGAAAGCUGUAGGAAAAGUGAUGAAACAAAUACAAAUAGUGAUGAUGAUAAUUUAUUCUUUGACUUUGAAAUUGAUACAUUUGGAAAUUCAUCUAAUAAAAGGGGCAGCAGUUUAGUAGAUGAGAUAAUGUGGGAAUUGAAGAUUCAGCACGAUACUGAUAAGACAUCUACUGAAACUGGUGAACAGAACAUUUCUGAACUAACAGACAAUAAUCAAGAGUCAUUGACUAUAACUAAAAGGAAAUCAGUGGAGUUCAGUCCUAUAGAGAAUGAUAUCAGUCCAAUUAAAUCCGAACAUGUAACGACUUCAGGAAGAGAAUCUGAUUUUCUUUGCUCAAGUUUUGAUAUAAAUGACAAUGAACAAGUAACAAGUGAUUUAAAAUGUGAUAAUAAUGAAGAGCCAAAUUUAGUAAUUGAUGUUAAAACAUGCUCAGUUGGAAAAAUGACGUCAGUGAAGAGGCAUCCUUCAAACGUGUCGGCUAAAAUAGAUGUCACAGAAACUUUAGCAGAGCUGAGAACAAGACUUGUACAGCUUAAGAAAGACAGAAUAAGUAUCAGAGACAGAAAACAACAGAUAUCAUCAGAGAGGGAUAGAGAGUUCCUAGAAGCUGAAUAUGAAAGGUUAAAUAGGGAGUGCAAGAAAGUAACUGAAGAAAUAAAACAGUUAGAACAACCAGUUGAUAAAAUUGUAGAUGAAUUUAAAAGAAAUUUGAAUUUAGAUGUGGAAACCCAAGGCAUCAAUGAAAACAAAAGAGAAAGUACAUCUUGUGAUAAUCUAGAAAUACAAGGUGAUUCUGGUGUUGCAAAUAAAAGAAGUGUGUUGUGUGAUACUGUUAAAAUGAAAGAACUGUGCAAUGACGUUGAUUGUAACAAUGACAUAAUUUCAAGUACCACUGCAAUAAAACAAUUUGACCCUGUUGUAAAACAACCUACUGAUAAUGUUUUAGGCAAGGAUGGGAAUGUAAGUAGCACUGUUUCAAAACUAUAUGAAGAUAGUCUUUCAAACAGUACUGAAAUGUCCAGGGAAACAUUAACAAAUGAAAGUACAGAAUGUAUUGCAGACAAUGUAACUUUAUUGGAAAAACAGUUAAACUAUUCUGAGUUCCAACAGAAGGAUUGUGAUAGUGAAAGCUUUGAUACAAGUGUUUCUAAGGAAGAAAUAUUAUCUAGUGAUCCUGUAACUAAACAUUUUAUUGACACAGUAACAAGCAAAAUAGUGUCAGAAAAACGACAAAAUGAAAUUAAGGAUACUAUUGACGAUGAAAUAAAUACAAACUUGGACAUUUUACGGAACAAAAUUCCCAGUGCUGAUCACACUGUUAAUGAUUGUCGGAAUGGCGAAGAAAUUCAAAAUACUUGCAAACGUGUGGAAGAUUCUGUCUGUGAUAAUUAAAGUGUGCCAAAUGUAGCUGAACCUUUCAAAGCAAAUAAGGAUUCUAAUAAUUUUGAUAACAAAGAAGUCAAAUCUGAAAUAGAAUAAAAUUCUUGUUCUACUACUGGCCUAAAUAUUUAUUUAAUAAGAAGUUACAGAAUGUUAAUUUUAAGAUCAUGUCAAUCAGAUGUUUUAUCACUGUAUGCAUAUUACAUUUAUUUCUUCUUAGAAAUGUAAGUGCGAUGUAUUUGAAGAUGUAUGAGUACACUGAAUAUGAUAUUUAAUUUUUUUAAACUUUAGAUUUAAAUCACAACCUUUUUAUUUUGUUAAGACUUUAUAUUUAUGACAUUUUAGCAUAUUUAUAGCACAAACUUGUGAAAAAUUUCUAUAUAGUAAAUUCAAAUUUGAAGUUUUAACACCAAUGGCUUAUAUAACAAUGUAAAGUUUAAUGGAUAUGCUAAAGUUCAGUUUCAUAAAAUUUUGAUAUUAACAGUAAACGAAACCUUUACGCGACCAAGAUUACAAAUUAUAAGUUUUACAGAACUGUAAUCAUUAGAAGGACGAUAAAUUUUAUUUAUGUAUCCAACGAUGAUGUGAAAUGUAAAUGAUUUGUUUUUCAAAGAGGCACGAAAUGUAAAUUAUUUGUUUUUCAAAGAGGCACCCACCUAUUGUUGUUCUUGACUAUAAAUUUACUGCCAUAAUUCCAUUUAUCCAUAUGACUGUUUAUCUUGAACUGACUAAAAGUUAUGUAUUUGUCCAGAAUAUUAAAGUAUUUGAUGGAAGCUAAUUUUAGAUAAUCAUGUAGUUCGACAUAAAAACUGCUAAAUUGACAGUAUUUUUAAUUAAUUAAGUUCGCUUACAUAAUUCAAGGGCUUUUUUAUUAGUUCUUAUAAUUUUUAGCGUUUAAAAUUUGAUCAGAGUAAUAACGUGCUGGGGAUUAAUUCUUGUUUCAAAUGAAGGUACUUUACUAAAUCAUAAUAGAAAACAAAAGUAAACACAUGGUUUUUGCUUUUUUAAAAUUUUAUUUGAAUAAUCCAUUUUUAAAUAUUGAUGACAUAUCUGAAAUAAUAGUUUAUAAUAUAAAAUGAAUUUUAAAUCGAAGUAUGCUCGUUUUGUAUAUUCUGUUACAAAACGUCUAUGAAUUUUUAAUCUAUUGUUGGUUAAUCUUACGUUAAUAUAAACAAUUUAUGUCUAUGUUACAAUUUAUCAUUUAUACUCGUUUAAUGGGUAUUUUACAAUUAUUUGUGCUCUUGUGUUUUAUCAAACGUUAAAAUAACAUGUGUAACGCUCUUCAAUACAAUUGUUAUACACAAAA